GUCUGUGCUGAACAACACAGAACUCUCCACCUCCCAAAGAAACAGUCAGACAUGGGAGGAUUAAAAUCUAAGGACCAUCCUACUACUCCUCCUCCCUCUCCAUUGCAGCGAAAACCCUGGAGGGAACUGGAAUGGGACACAAGGGAUGAGAUGAAAGACAAUUUGAGGAAUUUUAAAAUCAGCACCCCAGAUGUGAAGCAUCUCCGUAUCCUGGUCUAUGGUCCAGUGGGAGCAGGGAAGUCCAGCUUCAUCAACUCCAUCGACUCCAUCUUCCAGGAGCGCUUGACCAGUGGGGCCAUAGCUGAAGCUUGUGCUGGGUCCAGCUUCACAAAGAUUUAUAAUACCCACAAAAUUAAAGAUGGAGGAUACGAAUCCUACUUGCCAUUUGACUUCAGUGAUGUCAUGGGUCUGGAAAGAGGAGAUCAAGAGGGGGUGCAAACAAAGGACCUCGAGAAAAUAUUGGAGGGUCACAUUAAAGAAGGUUAUAUGUUCAAUCCAUUAAACUCACAUCCACCUGAGAAGGACAACGAUUACAAAGCUCCAGGUCUGAGUGACAGGAUUCACUGUCUGGUCAGCGUCAUUCCAGCAGACAGUGUCCUCUGGUGUGCUGACGGCGACAAAAUUUCAGACCAUGCCAUGCGGGAAAACGAUGAAGCCUUCAUUAAAAAGAUUAAAGAUGUUAGAGCACAUGCCAGCUUAAUGGGCAUCCCUCAAAUUGUCGUCCUGUCAAAAGUGGACGAAGCAUGUUCUAAGGUCCAGAAUGACAUUAAGAUGAUCUACAGAAGCAAAACCAUCCGCGAGAAGGUUAAACACUGUAGUCAUAAUGUGGGAGUUCCUGAAUACUGCAUUUUCCCAGUGAAGAACUACCAUGAGGAGAAUCGCCUGAACAAAGAUAUGGACGUGCUGCUGCUGACUGCAUUGAAAGAGAUCCUGAACUUCGCCAAUGACUAUGUGGCAAAGGAGAAGAUGAGAGUGAUGAAAAGAGAAGAGGACCGAAACUUCCAUUAGAAAAUGACUACCAACACUUUAUGAUGUCUUUCAACGUUAUGCUUUUAAAAACAUUGUUCUGUUUUGUUCUGAUACUCUCUCUCUCUCUCUCUCUCUCUCUCUCUCUCUCUCUCUCUCUCUCUCAUACACACACACACACACACACACACACACACCACAUACUGUAUACAUACUCAAAGUUUACUGUUUAAUAGUUCACACAGUACUCAGUACACAGAAAUCACAUGCAUAUCACAUGAACUUGCACCACCUAAGCUUCUAAAUGGUGCUAGCCGCUAGUUGCUGUGAAACAUUUUGUAAGAAAAUUGCAUAAUUGUGUGUGGGGGGGUGGGGGGUUCUUUAUUGACAUACUCGAGGCUGUGCUAGUGUUUUAUAAUACCCUGUUGGUAAAGACAUAGUGUAAAGAUCAAUGUAUAUAUUGUAUAUAUUAGAGUCAGGUGUCAGACAUCACAUUAAAAACGGUCAGGUCUCAGGAAAGCCUCUUGUCAAGUCUAUGGAAUUACACCGGCAGACAUUAGAUUGAAUAUUUAAAGGGAUAUUCCACCAUUUGGGGAAUUAGGCUAAUUUUCCACCUUCCCUCGAGCAAAACAAUUGAUAUUUAGCUUUUUCCCGUUAAAGAGGAACUAUGCAGGAUUGGCGAUUUCAUCUCUGGUUUCAGUUUCGUUUUUCGUUUUCGCCGUUUUAUGCUUGCAUAUUUCUCUGCAGAGCUUCCCAGACAGCUUUAGCAUGUAUAUUUAUACAUAUAUAGGCUAUAUUUGAAUAUAUAAAUUGCAAGCGUGGUUCUUCGUCUCAGACUUCCAGAUGUAAACAAGGAGCGAUCGUCUCCUGCAGAAAGUUGCAUAGGGUCUCUUUAAUCCAGCCAUUCAGAGUCUGAUGGUACAACUUUUAGCUCCAGCCUAGCAUAUGUCAUUGGGUAACACUUCACAUUACAGAUCGGUAAUAAGUGGGUAAAGUUAUGGUAAUAUGUAUGCAAUUUAAUGGUAAUACUAUUUUUAGACCACAUAUUACAAAUAGUUAAUGUGUUAUGGCUAGACAAUUACUGUUCAAUUACCAUACAACAACAAUGCAAAUAACUUGGGUCUAACUUGCCUUGAGCGAAACUUGUUGUGACAUUUGUUGUCAGUUCUGUUUUUCACUGACAGGAAGCAUGGCCUGAGAGCAGAAACACUGUGUUAUUAUUUCAUAUUCAAUUAAUAUUGUUACCACAAACAUCUAAAGCACAAUAACAAAUGCCUUCAAUGUAUGGCACAUCAAAAUAUUUUUCCUCAAACACACACAUACACACACACACACACACACACACACACACACACGCCUACACAUGCGCUCUCUGAGUGCUUUUCUAGUUGUUGUUGUUGUACAGUAUGUGUCCUACUUUGUGAGAAGAGGUUGUUUACAUUACUGCCUACUCUAGUGAGCAUAUGCUUGUCAGCAACUGGCAGACACUGUUUGGCUUUAACAGACACGAAAUGGCAGCAUGAAGCAGCUUGUGGUUUUGUGUUUGUGCAAGACUAGAGUGAACACAUUACAUAAAAUGGGCCACUGACUUUGUUUAUGACUGUAAUAUUUUACCAACUAUCAUUCCAAUUUUCCCUUUAAUGCAAAUAAUCUAGGACAGCCUCCUAAGGCCCAAGCUGUUUUUUUACAUGCAAUUUUUAUUUCACUUUGCUUUUUGGGCUUAUUUGAACCUAAUUAGAAUAAAAACUAAGCAUCGUCUUUUGAUAUGAUGUACUUUUAGAGAAAAAUUAUCCGUACUUCCAUAAAACACAAGCAUGUAAUAGAAUGAAAAACUCUUUUUUUUUCACAUUGAACCCAGCAGUUUUUCCCUGACUGCUUUUGCAUGAAUCAAUAACACAUGCACACAUUUUUUUAAACAUGUUUUGAAUAUCUGAGA